AUGCUUUUCGCUUUCGUCGUCGUGCUCAUCGGGUCCGGAUGGUCGAUUUACCGUCCCGUCCUUCAAGACUUCCAUAAACGCAUCGUCUCGAUCGCGGUUUCCCUCCAAAUCUCGUCGAGCGUUUGUUUCGUCCUGAUGCGCGGCGUCGGCCCGUCGAGCGGGAGCUACAAGAAUUGGGUCGUCACUUAUUACGUGCUCGAUUUCUUGUGUUGCGUCGCGAUGGUUCUUCCUGUUUUGGGAGGCGAUUCAGCCGAGAAACACGUCGUGGGGCCCGGCAGGUCGAAGACGGAAGGGAAGGAGGCGAAGGCGUUGAUGCACGAGAGGGUGUUUGGGAAUUUCGAGCUCGCGCUCUACGGGUACGUGGGGUCCACGAGGAUCGGGAUUUUCGUGAUGAGGUGUUUCGGAGGGCACGGGAUUUGGUACGCGACGAUCGUGUUGGAGAUGACGGUCGAGCUGGCUUUUUAUCUCGUCGUGUAUUAUAUGUUCUGGCCGAACGAGAGGUACGAUUAUGUUGCGCCCGAUAGUAGGGACGACGAGAUUAGCGUUGCGAUAUUGCCCGCCGGUGUAUAG